AUGUGGAAGUCUGCACAGCUGAGCAGCAUUUUUAUUUCCGCUGUCGCUUGCGCGGUGGUCAGUCGUCUCGUCUGGAGGGUAGACUGGAUGCAGUAUUUGAGACGCUUGAGCGCAGCUUGUUCUCGUGCCAUAGCUCCCCAUUGUUCUUUUGAAAGCGCUACGGCGGCGGUCGACGUAGAACACGAGCUAUCAGACCCAACAUGCCAUAGUUUCGAAGAAGCGACGGUGUGGGUGUCUACCCACGGAAAAGGACUUCCUGUCGAAGACCAGCUACACCUCUACGGACUGUACAAACAAGCCCACGUGGGGGACUGCGCCGACGCCGAGCCUUCCAUGGUCGAACUGGCCCGGCAUGCAAAAUGGGAAGCAUGGCGCCGUUGCCUAGGGAUGACUAUGGAUCAAGCGAGGGAGGACUACACUAAUACAGUCAACCAGCACCGUGCCGCAGCAGCAUCGAAGAUCAGCACGAUACAAACGAAUGUGGCUGCAGGAAGCGCUCCGAUGGGAAGGCCGCAAAGCUCUCUGAGGCAUGUCGAGCAGCGAGAUGACAGCGAACUGUCACAAGCAGGCCUUUUCUUUAGGCACGCGGCAAACGGCGACAUUACUUCUCUCGUCGAAGACCUCGGCAAGGAUCCGGCACUGGUCAAAGCAAGAAAUGAAGAUGAUAUGACAGCGCUUCAUUUGGCAGCGGACAGAGGUCAUAUUGAGGUCGUUGAUCUGCUCCUUAAGAACGGCGCCGACGUAAACGCCCAAGACAACUCUGGGGAAACACCUCUGCACGUGGCGGUUGUUGCCGAAAAUUUGGCAGUGGUUUCAUUACUCCUGAGGGGGAAUGCUGACGUGCUCCUCCAAACCCACGACGGUGAAACGGUUCUCGAUGUAGCUAACAAUACGCAUAAUUCAGAGCUCGGGCAGAUGAUCGCGGCCUCGAGUGCGGCGUAG